AUGCUACGUAGACUCGCCACCCGCACGAUGUCCACCCCGCCAAACAGGAGCAUUCAGGGCCCGAUUGCCCAGAGCAUCACCAAGAAGAUCCACGACAACUUCCCGGACCUGUCCCAUUUCGAGCUAUUCAACGACUCGUACAAGCACGCCGGCCACCACGGCAUAGCAGACUCCGCCAACCGCAUCGAGUCCCACUUCAGACUUGAGCUUGCCAGCGACAAGUUCUGCGGCAUGAGCCUGCCCAGCAGACACCGUCUCGUCUACGGCGUGCUGGCCGGCGAGCUGGGCGCCGACCGCGUCCACGCCCUGCAGCUCACCACCAGAACGCUCGACGAGCACAAGAGACGCUUAGACAGUUCUACAUAG